AUGGCGGCAGCGCUGACGCAUCCGUUCGCCCUAAGGUCCCCCGGAAGUAGCGCUGAGCAGUUGUUAGCAGCUAGCUUGCUUUGUGGACCGUCCGGUCGGAUCUCAGGCCAGUUUGGAUCAGCAGCUGCAGGAAUGGGUUCAGUUCUUCCUCUCAGAGACUUUAUCAGGCAGAGACUGGAUGCUGCUGCGGAGGAGAUCUUCUCCGAGGUGGAGAAAACCAUCAUCCGCCUGGAGGAGGAGCUGGCCGCCCAGAGCAAGCUGCUAGCUGUGUGCCUGAAGCCGCAGGUCAGGCUGCAGAGGCUCGGACUUCCUCCCAGACGAGUUUAUAAGGAAGAGGUUCUGACCGACUACAGGAGUCUCUGUGUUCAGGACAAGGUGGAACCAGAACCUCCACGCAUUAAAGAGGAGGAAGUGGAGCUGUAUCCCCCUGAGUUCACACAGAACCUCACAGAACUAGAACCUCCAUGCAUCAAAGAGGAGGAAGUGGAGCUGUAUCCCCCUGAGUUCACACAGAACCUCACAGAACCAGAACCUCCACAGACCGAAGAGGCUCAGCAGCAGCCAGAACCUUUGCAGGGAGAAGAAGCUUUGGAUGAUCCAGAAUCUCCUCGGAAUGGAGAUGAACAGUGUGGACCAGAACCGCUGCAAAUGGACCAGACCCUGGUGGAGCCAGACAGUCCACAGAUCAUAGAUGACCUGGACGAGUUAGGACCUUUUCACAUCGAAGAGGCCCUGUCAGAACCAGGAUGUCCACAGAUUAUAGACGACUUGGGUGAGUUGGAGUACCUGGAUACCAAGGAGGACCUGGAGGAACCAGAACUCCUGGAAUCAGAAGAUGAUCCGGAAUCAGAAGACCCAGAAUCUCCGCAGAAUAAAUCCAGAAAAUUGGAGUUCUGGACCCGACAUGACGAUGAGAGUCCACUGCUUAGGAAGGAGUUUGAUACCUUUGUGCCGCGACAUAGAGAGUUCAAUAGUGCAGAACCAUUGGGGAGUUCUGAAGACGACCCGGCAAACGUCCAAAUACCAGAACAGAACCGUGUUUAUCAGGAAGACGUUCCAACUGAGCCCGAAAGGUUCCUCAGUGUGGAUUCAAAGAAACCAGGGUUUCUGCAGAUUAAAGAGGAGCAGGAAGAAGUGGGCUCCAGUCUCGCUGGACAGAGACCAGAGACAGACUUUUUCAUGGUGACCGUUAACUAUGAUGAAGAGGAGCAGAGUAAAUCAGAACCAAGCAGUUCCCAGCAGUCGGAAGACUCAAAUGAACCCAAACCCUUUGUUUGUAAGACUUGUGGCAAAAAGUUCUCCAACAUGUUGCUGCUGCAAGACCACCGAGUCACGCACCAGAACGAGAAGCCUUACUCCUGUGAGCUGUGUACGCGGCGCUUCGCCCGGCAGGACAGUGCCUUCCGCCAUAUGAUUACGCACACCGGUGAGAAGCCCUUCUCCUGUAAGAUCUGCGGGGAAAAGUUCGGCUUGAACAGUCACCUGGUGCGCCACCUGAGGCGGCACACGGGGGAGAAGCCUUUCUCCUGCCACAUCUGUCACAAGCGCUUUAGACAGAGCAACACCUUGACCUGUCACGUCAGAACUCACACAGGGGAAAAGCCCUACCCCUGCAGCGUGUGUGGGAAGGGCUUCAUCAGGAGGAGCUGUAUGAACAUCCACAUGAGGAUUCACACAGGAGAGAAGCCGUUUACCUGCAAAGUGUGUCACAAAACCUUCAGUCGAGGGACAGGGCUGAGCUUCCACAUGAAGACGCACACGGGGGAGAAGCCGUAUUCCUGCAAACUGUGUGGGAAAACCUUCAGACAACCAAGCCACCUGCGGUGCCACAAGAAGCGCUGCCAAAGGGUCUGCAUCCGUCCGGAAGUUGUCGCCCUAAGGUCCCCCGGAAGUAGCGCUGAGCAGUUGUUAGCAGCUAGCUUGCUUUGUGGACCGUCCGGUCGGAUCUCAGGCCAGUUUGGAUCAGCAGCUGCAGGAAUGGGUUCAGUUCUUCCUCUCAGAGACUUUAUCAGGCAGAGACUGGAUGCUGCUGCGGAGGAGAUCUUCUCCGAGGUGGAGAAAACCAUCAUCCGCCUGGAGGAGGAGCUGGCCGCCCAGAGCAAGCUGCUAGCUGUGUGCCUGAAGCCGCAGGUCAGGCUGCAGAGGCUCGGACUUCCUCCCAGAUGGGUUUAUAAGGAAGAGGUUCUGACCAACUAUGGGAGUCUCUGUGUUCAGGACAAGGUGGAACCAGAACCUCCACGCAUUAAAGAGGAGGAAGUGGAGCUGUAUCCCCCUGAGUUCACACAGAACUUCACAGAACCAGAACCUCCACAGACUGAAGAGGCUCAGCCGCAGCCAGAACCUUUGAAGGGAGAAGGAGCUUUGGAUGAUUCAGAAUCUCCUCAGAAUGGAGAUGAACAGUUUGGACCAGAACCUCUGCAAAUGGACCAGACCCUGGCGGAGCCAGACAGUCCGCAGAUCAUAGACGACCUGGACGAGUUAGGACCUUUUGACAUCGAAGAGGCCCUGUCAGAACCAGGAUGUCCACAGAUUAUAGACGACUUGGGCGAGUUGGAGUACCUGGACACCGAGGAGGACCUGGAGGAACCAGAAGUCCUGGAACCAGAAGAUGACCCGGAGUCAGAAGACCCAGAAUCUCCCCAGAAUAAAUCCAGAAAAGUGGAGUUCUGGACCCGACAUGACGAUGAGGGUCUGCUGCUUAGGAAGGAGUUUGAUACCUUUGUGCCGCGACAUAGAAAGUCCACUAGCGCAGGACCAUCGGGGAGUUCUGAAAACGACCCGGCAAACGUCCAAAUACCAGAACAGAACCAUGUUUAUCGGGAAGACGUUCCAACUGAGCCCGAAAAGAUCCUCAGUGUGGAUUCAAAGAAACCAGGGUUUCUGCAGAUUAAAGAGGAGCAGGAAGAAGUGGGCUCCAGUCUCGCUGGACAGAGACCAGAGACAGACUUCUUCAUGGUGACCGUUAACUAUGAUGAAGGGGAGCAGAGUGAACCAGAACCAAGCAGUUCGCAGCAGUCCGAAGACUCGAAUGAACCCAAACCCUUUGUUUGUAAGACUUGUGGCAAAAAGUUCCCCAACAUGUUGCUGCUGCACGACCACCGAGACACGCACCAGAACGAGAAGCCUUACUCCUGUGAGCUGUGUACGCGGCGCUUUGCCCGGCGGGACAGUGCCUUCCGCCAUAUGAUUACGCACACCGGUGAGAAGCCCUUCUCCUGUAAGAUCUGCGGGGAAAAGUUCGGCUUGAACAGUCACCUGCUGCGCCACCUGAGGCGGCACACGGGGGAGAAGCCUUUCUCCUGCCAUAUCUGUCACAAGCGCUUCAGCCAGAGCAACACCCUGACCUGUCACGUCAGAACUCACACAGGGGAAAAGCCCUACCCCUGCAGAGUGUGCGGGAAGGGCUUCGUCAGGAGGAGCGCUAUGAACAUCCACAUGAGGAUUCACACAGGAGAGAAGCCGUUUACCUGCAAAGUGUGUCACAAAACCUUCAGUCGAGGGACGGGGCUGAGCUACCACAUGAGGACACACACGGGGGAGAAGCCGUAUUCCUGCAAACUGUGUGGGAGAACCUUCAGACAAUCCAGCCACUUGCUGUGCCACAAGAAGCAUUCCCACAGGGUCUGACCCGCAGAGUGAAAACAUCUGGUUUUCUGAUCCUGUGCUGAAUGAGUUAAACUAAACUGAACCUUCAGGCGGUUCUUCUGGGCCCAUUGAUACCAGGAGAACAUUGGACACUUCGUUAACCUACUGCAGGUGGCCCUUCUAUUGGUAGCAACAGCAUUAGCGUAUUUAAUGUCACCUCAUGUAUGCUGAUGUUCGAAGGACAGUAACACACAGUGGGACAUAUGGAAAGUCUGUUUAUCAUAUAGUGAUGUAGGAUCUACUUUGUUUUCCUUACUCAGAUGACGUCUACUCUACUUGUGAUGAACAUCCAACAAACUUUAACAUCGGUCUUCCAAUAAGAGAUGACUUCACGUUCAUUAAUUUCCUGCUGUUGUUUUUUUUAUACUUUCAACUCCAAUUAUCCACUAAAUCUCUUAAAAGUAUGAAGGAAUGUUAUUUAUUAGAAAAAUUUGUGGAUUUCCUAAACGCAGAGUGGAAUUUAAUUUAGAUUCCCUCCAUCCAUUUUCCGUCAUGAUUAUAACUGCUGGGGUCAUGAGGGGUGCUGAUGCCUAUCUCCAAUUCUUAAUGGGUGAGAGGCGGGGUACACCCUGGACAGGUCGCCAGUCAUACAGCGCCAAUUCAAAAGACAACAUUUACAGCACCUUACAGGGACAAUUCAACCAGAACCAGUCAGAUUAAAAACGUCUCUAUCUGAAGAAAAACAGUUAAAUCAAUAACUUUUGAGGAUUUCCUCCUCCUGGAUGAGGAUUUGGGGACCACAGACGUUACUUGCAUUGUACCAUUUACUGUACAGCAAUCCUUUACACAGACGAUGCAUGCAGGGACAGUGGAG